AUGAAUCGACGGCGUGAGUGUGUGUUCUGGGCUGAUGAAGGAAGGUUUCGUGUGAGUGGGUUCUGGGUUUGGGGAGAGAUAAUGGGUGUUUUGAUUUUUGGUGGUGAGGGGCCAAAAAUUAAACCCGGGAGGGCCGAGCGCUUUGGUUUUGAAGUCUUCACUAAAAGCGGAUAUAAAGAUUGGAAGCAUUCAUCUCAAGGAUUUAAAGAUCAUGUUGGUAGUCAUAAUAGUUUACACAACUCAUGUGUCAAGCACUAUGAUGAUUAUAAUAAUCAAAGACAAAGCGUGACAAGUAAGUUUGCUAAAGCAACCAAGGAAUCGGAAGAAUUGUAUAAGAUUCGUUUGACUUGUUCUGUAGAUUGUUCAAGAUAUCUCAUUGCACAAGGCAUGGCUUUCCGUGGCCAUGAUGAAUCCUCUAUUUCUCUAAAUAAGGGAAAUUUUAGAGAGAUGGUAGAUUGGGUAAAAUCUAAUAAUGAACAAGUGAGGGAUGCUUUUGAACGUGGUGGAAAAAAUGGCACAAUGACUCCCGAUGAUAUUCAAAAGGAGCUUGCAAUGUGUUGUGCUCAUGAAGUUACCAAGGUGAUUAUGGAAGAGCUUGGUGAUAGACAAUUCUCUAUGCUUAUUGAUGAGUCACGUGAUAUAUCCGUCAAAGAGAAAAUGGCGGCGAUGUUGAGUUUUUUGAAUGACAAAGGGAGUGUUGUAGAACGAUGUAUUGCUUUACAUCAUGUCAAAGAUACUACAUCUGAGUCAUUAAAGGAUGCUCUUUAUGAUGAAAACCCUUAUGCUUUCUAUGUCCAUUGUUAUGCUCACCGUUUGCAAUUGGUUGUUGUAUCCGUUGCUAGUACUUGCUCAUCUAUUCAUGAUUUCUUUGAGUACAUCUCGUUGAUUGUGACCACAACAAGUGCAUCUUGUAAGAGGAAGGAUGCUUUGACAGAGGCACAACACCAAGAUAUUUUAAAUAAAUUUGAGAUUGGUGAUAUAUCUAGAGGAAAGGGCUUGCACCAAUCAUCUAGUCUCACUAGAUCUGGGGAUACUAGAUGGGGUUCACAUCACACUACAUUGCUUCGUUUGGACCAAAUGUGGUCCUCCGUGUUAAAGUUGUUUGGUAUCACAAUCGAGCUUUCAAAUGUCUUGCAAAGAAAAGAUCUUAAUAUUGUGAUCGCCAUGGAAUUAGUUGAUGUUGUCAAAGUUCGGUUGGCCACAAUGAGAGAGAGUGGUUGGGAUAAUUUAUUUUCCGAUGUUCAAGAAUUUUGUGUUGCUAAAGGUAUUCCGGUGCCAAAUAUGGAUGAAGAAAUACCGGUUCGGGGUCGUUCAAUGGCAGAAGGGAGGACUAUCACUAAUUUACAUCAUUAUCGUGCAGAGAUUUUUUAUGUUGCUAUUGACAAAAUAUGUUUGGAGAUUGAUCACCGCUUUAGUGAAGGAAGUAACGUUAUCCUUGAUUGCAUCUCAUGUCUUGACCCCAAGAACUCUUUCUCCAAGUUUGAUGUUGACAAGCUUGCUCGUCUUGCUGACAUUUAUGAUGCAGACUUUUCUGAUAAUGACCGUGGAACAAUAAGGGAUCAACUUGAAACUUAUGUUCUUCAAAUGGUUCAAACUGAGAAACAUUUGGUAUUUCCAUUGGUUUACAAACUUAUUGAGUUAGCUUUGAUAUUGCCAGUGUCGACAGCAUCCGUUGAAAGAGCUUUUUCAGCAAUGAAGAUUAUCAAGUCUAAAUUGCGCAAUAAGAUCAAUGAUACUCCUGAAGACGCAGGAUCACCGGUUGAUGUGGUUAGCUGCAUGUUUGGAUUGACUUCUACAAACCUCAAAAGCACUUCUAAUCCACUUUAA